GCCCCCAGCCCUCUUCCUCAUCAACUUAUAAUGCAAUCUGUUGCUGGUUGUGGAUUUCGACCAUCUGAACUUGGUUAGAACGAUGUCCAUGCUGAGGAUGUCACUAUUUGUGAGUUUUGUCCUGUUUGCGCUUAUUCCUCUUAUCCACGCUACCUGCUGGUCAGAGAGACUGAGACUAGGUGUAAAUCACUGUAUUGAUAAAACAGAUAAAACCUGGCACCUGGUCGGAUCCACCUGGAGGAAUAGCGUCUGCGAAAAGUGCACAUGUAACACCUUCUCGAUGGACUGCUGUGAUGGAUUCCCAUCACAUGUGAGUAAAGGAUGCGUCAUUGCAUAUAAUUUCCGAACAUGUAAAUAUACAUUAACCAGCAUAGACCCAAGUGUUAAAUGUUAUGUUAAUGGAAAAUAA